GGAAACACAAAAUCCAACGGUUCCCACCUCAAAUAAAGAAAAGAAGGGAAAGGAAAAACCCUCCAUCUUUAUUCCCACACCCUUUCUUUUUUCUUUCCUUCUCCCAUUUUUGCUGCUCCGGCACCACGCUCCGAUCACCCUCCUCGCCGCUGCCUUUUCUCUUUCUUCUCUUUCUUUAACUAUCCCUGUUUCGACCUCACGCCGCCAACUCUGUGGGUGAAUCUUUGGUGCCAAGGCUGCCAUAGGGCUCGCCUCUCCUCGCUCAUCUGUCUUCUUCCUCCUCUUCUGCGUACGGAGCUUCUCAAUACCAUCUUUAUUCUCCAGCUUUUUGGCUACUCCCUUCACUCCUAACUUCGAUUCCCAAUUCAGGCUUAAUGCUACUUUCGGAUUGCUGAUUAUUUGAUCCGGUAGUAGGGUCUUCAGGGAAGGGAGAGUACGGGUCCAAGGGAGGACUAUGGCCGUAACAGCCCCAGGGCAGCUCAACGUGAACGAAUCUCCUUCUUGGGGAUCUAGAAGUGUCGACUGCUUUGAAAAACUGGAGCAGAUUGGUGAAGGCACUUAUGGUCAAGUUUACAUGGCUAGAGAAUUGAAAACAGGGGAAAUUGUUGCCCUGAAGAAAAUAAGAAUGGAUAAUGAGAGGGAGGGGUUCCCUAUUACUGCAAUACGAGAAAUCAAAAUUUUAAAGAAGCUUCAUCAUGAAAAUGUAAUCAAGUUGAAAGAGAUCGUGACAUCUCCAGGUCCUGAGAAGGAUGAACAAGGGAAGCCAGAUGGUAACAAGUACAAAGGUGGAAUCUACAUGGUUUUUGAGUACAUGGACCAUGAUUUGACUGGCCUGGCUGAUCGUCCAGGGAUGAGAUUUUCAGUUCCUCAAAUCAAGUGUUACAUGAGGCAGCUUCUCACAGGGCUUCACUAUUGUCAUGUAAAUCAAGUACUCCAUAGAGACAUAAAAGGGUCAAAUCUGCUUAUUGACAACGAAGGAAAUCUGAAGCUUGCAGAUUUUGGGCUUGCCCGAUCAUUUUCUAAUGAUCAUAAUGCAAAUCUAACAAAUCGUGUCAUUACCUUAUGGUACAGGCCUCCUGAACUGCUGCUUGGGUCGACCAAAUACGGGCCAGCUGUAGAUAUGUGGUCUGUUGGCUGUAUCUUUGCAGAGCUUCUACAUGGGAAGCCAAUAUUCCCUGGGAAGGAUGAGCCGGAACAAUUAAAUAAGAUUUUUGAGCUGUGUGGUGCUCCGGAUGAAGUAAAUUGGCCUGGGGUUUCUAAAAUCCCUUGGUACAAUAAUUUCAAACCCACGAGGCCAAUGAAGAGACGUAUUAGAGAAGUUUUCCGGCAUUUUGAUCGUCAUGCUUUAGAACUGUUGGAGAAGAUGCUUACACUUGAUCCUUCUCAGAGGAUAUCUGCCAAGGAUGCCCUAGAUGCAGAGUAUUUUUGGACAGAUCCAUUACCUUGUGAUCCUAAAAGUUUGCCCAAGUAUGAAUCAUCACACGAGUUCCAGACAAAGAAGAAGCGCCAACAGCAACGACAACAUGAAGAAACUGCAAAGCGACAGAAGUUGCAACACCCACAGCAUGCACGCCUUCCACCUAUUCAGCAGUCUGGACAAGCACACGCACAAAUGCGACCAGUACCUAACCAACCUAUUCAUGGGUCUCAACAACCAGUUGCUGCAGGGCCUAGCCAUCAUUUCGGAAAGCCUCGUGGACCUCCAGGUCCUGGUAGGUAUCCUGGUGGAAAUCCCCCUUCUGGAUACAACCACUCAAGUCGUGGUGGUCAAGGUGGUUAUGGUAACACACAAUAUGCUCAAGGACGAGGUGGUGCACCCUAUGGGUCUGGUAGCAUGUCUGGUGCUGGUCCUCGGGGAGGAGCUGGUGGUGGUGGUGGUUAUGGCGUGGGGGCUCCAAAUUACCCACAGAAUGGUCCAUAUCCUGGUAGUUCUGGUACUGGUCGUGGCUCUAAUGUGAUGGGCGGAAACCGCAACCAACAAUAUGGAUGGCAACAAUAGUAUGAUGGUAAUUGCAUUUGCCUUUUGGGGAGUGCGUAAUUGGUCAAACAUGCACUAGGCUUUUCCAGCCUCCACCUCCUUAGUAUAAUUUAUCACGCCAGAGAUGAGUUGGCAGCACCAAUUAGCAUAGAAAUGGUUAGAGUUAAGCCAUUGGUUCUUUUAAGCUGAUUUCGUAAAAUCAAUGUAUGUACGAGUGGAUAAGCUUUUCCUGUAAUUUUUCAUUACAAUGUUUAAUAGAAAAUGAGAAAUUAGGUUCUUUUA